CGGCUCGGAGCUGUCAAUAAAGUUUUCGUUUACAAAAUCAACAACAUCGCCGUCAUGGCGGAGCCCUCGGUGGACGGUUGGAGCUGGUUCCCGGCGUUAGCUCUGGGAGUUUCUUUACUGAAAUGUCUGUUCAUCAACGCCUAUCAUUCCACAGACUUCGAGGUGCACAGGAACUGGUUGGCCAUCACUCACAGUCUGCCGGUGUCCAGGUGGUACCAUGAGAACACGUCCGAGUGGACUCUGGACUACCCUCCGCUGUUCGCCUGGUUCGAAUUCGGCCUGUCCCACGUGGCUCAGCACUUCGACAGAAACAUGCUGCUGGUGGAGAAUCUGGACUACGCCAGCCCGUCUACUGUACUGUUCCAGAGGCUGUCGGUCAUCGCCACCGACGUGGUUUUUAUCUACGCCGUCAGAGAGUGCUGCAGGUGUGUUCAGGAGCAGAAAGGCGCUCGGGACGUCUGGAACCGGCCGCCCUUCGUCUUGGCUGUUCUGCUGCUCUGGAACUUCGGCCUCCUCAUCGUCGACCAUAUUCAUUUCCAGUAUAACGGCUUCCUGUUUGGCUUCCUGCUGCUGUCGGUGGCAAAACACCUGCAGUCUCGACACCUGCAGGGGGCGCUGCUGUUCGCCGUCCUGCUCAACCUGAAGCACAUCUACCUGUACGUGGCUCCGGCCUACGGCAUCUACCUGCUGAGGAGUUACUGCUUCACUCAGGACAACAAAGACGGGUCUGUCAGGUGGACGAGUUUCAGUCCGCUCCGUCUGCUGGCUCUGGGCGCCAUCGUGGCCUCCGUCUGCGCUCUGUCCUUCGGCCCCUUCAUCGCCAUGGGUCAGCUCCCUCAGGUCCUGUCCCGUCUCUUCCCCUUUAAGCGGGGCCUCUGCCAUGCCUACUGGGCCCCCAACAUCUGGGCCCUUUACAACAUGCUGGACAAAAGCCUGGCGCUGCUCGGUGUUCGGCUGAAGCUGCUGGAGGAGGCGGGGCUUCCUCGAGCCUCCAUGACGGGCGGGUUGGUUCAGGAGUUUCAGCACUCGGUCCUCCCCUCAGUCUCUCCCUCCAUCACACUGGUCUGCACUCUGCUCUCCAUCCUGCCGGCGGUGGCGUCCAUCUGGCGGCGUCCUCGCGGUGCUCGGGGUUUCCUGCGCUGCCUGCUGCUCUGCGCUCUGGGCUCCUUCAUGUUUGGCUGGCACGUCCACGAGAAGGCCGUCCUCAUCGCCAUCCUGCCCCUCAGCAUCCUGGCGGUGGAGAGCAGAGAGGAUGCUGGGAUCUUCCUGGUUCUGACCACCACAGGUCAUUACUCCCUGUUCCCGCUGAUCUUCACCCCCGCAGAGCUGCCCAUCAAAGUGGUUCUGAUGCUGAUGUUCGUGAUCUACUCUUUCACCGCUCUGAGGAAACUUCACAGCGGUCAGAUGCCUCUGCUGCGUCCUCUGGAGUCCGCCUACCUGCUGGGGCUGGUUGUCGUUGCGAUCGCCUGCGAGGUCGUCUUCCCCCUGUCGCCGUGGCAACAGAGGCUGCCCUUCCUCCCCCUGCUGGCGACGUCGGUGUACUGCUCCGUGGGCGUCUGCUACUCCUUCCUGCGUCUGUACGCCAGUCUGCUGAGGCGGGAGGAGAAGCCCAAACAGCUGUGAGACGCCGCCGUGUACCUGGGAGGUCACAGACCGCUCGGCAUCACGCUCUGGUGUUUCAGCAGCUUCAGGGACGUUCAGGAGCAGAAAAAAACAUCAGAUUUUAGAGGUGAGAACCAAACAUCAGUGGACUGAUCGCUCGGUGCUUCAGGUUGCCUGCUGUGUGCUGAAUCAUGAACAAUACAAGACAACUGAGUUUAAUAAAGUUUACGGCAAAAGUUU